CCUUUGAUCACAUUUGCUUGAUCCGGAUGUUUUAAGGGCAGCAUGCUGGUAUGAAAAUGUCCCAAAACAAACCUAAAACUUGGCCCUGAUUCCUCGUUUGAUGAGACGGUGCCGUGAUGGUUCAUUGUCGUUCAUGAUGGAUCUUCCUUGCGUGCAGUGGCAAGAUCACGUUGCACAGAAAUGGAGUGGACUGGAUCCUGAGCUAAGGGAAACAUUUACCUCUCUGCGUGAAAUAGAUGAUGUCUUUAAAUGCGCUUUAAGUCUGGCUAACCAACAGGAUCUGGAUGCCGUUCAGUCGAUCUCUGCAGGAUACUCUGUGAAGAAAGACCCGGAAGAAGCAGCCAAAUGCAGGGAAAAGGGUAACUCCAGCUUCAAGGCAAAAGAUUACAAGGCUGCAGCUCUACACUAUUCACAGGGAAUAUGUUUUGCACCUCAAAGUUCGGAGCAGCUUUCUCUGUGCUAUGCCAAUCGCUCUGCUGCUCUCUGCCAUCUGCAACACUAUCAGGAAAGCCUUGAUGACAUCGACAGAGCCUUAAAAUCUGGCUAUCCAUCUCAUCUCUCAAGCAAACUCAAGGACCGUCGCACUCUCUGCUUGAACCACCUCUCUGUAUGUAAAAAAAGAAUAAACGAUCAUCCCCAUCCUGUCUCAGAUGAUAAUAAAUGCAGCAAAAAUGUCAUAUCGUCCAGCGAAGCUCUCGGAUUUGGCAUUUGUCCUCAAGUUUCUGUCGGCUGCAGCAAGGGGAAAGGUUUCCACCUCGUGGCUUUAAAGAGGAUAACAGCUGGAGAGGUGAUUUUGAGUGACAGGCCGUUCAGCUGGGUCCUCCUUCCAGGAAUUGAGAAGGUUAAAGGAAAGAAAAGAAGGGAGAAGGACACACAGAGGGAAAUAGUGUUUGGAGCAGAGCACAGGCGAUGUCAUUGGUGUUUGGCUGAAACUCUGUGUGCUGUGGCAUGUGAGGGCUGCAGCUGGAGCCGCUACUGUUCAGCUGCUUGUCAGCGGGAAGCCUGGGAAGAACAUCACCACUGGGAAUGUCCAUUGGGAGCAGAACUUGCUGCGAUGGGUGUAAUGGCACAGCUCGCUCUCAGGGUGACGGUAAAGGCUGGGAUUAAAAACAUCCAAAUAGCAAGGCAGACAAUCAGAGAUGAGCAGAGAAAGUCUGAGCAGUAUAAUCCAUACCUGACUGUGUUUCACUUACUGCACCAUAUAGAGCACCAGAGCACUGGUUUGCGUUUCCUGUGUGCAGUUACUGUGGCGACACUUUAUCUGAAGCUCAGCAAGGCAGGUCCUCUUCCUGUGUCAUCGACGUUUAAUGUUGCUUCAUCAUCAAAAAGCCAAUCUUCAGAUGGACCAAAGAAGAAGGAAGAGGACACAGAGUGGAGCUCAGAGCUGUGGGUUGUGGGAAGUGCAGUUCUGAGGCACAUGCUGCAGCUGAGGUGUAAUGCUCAGGCAGUAAUUACACUGCAAGAUGCAGGAUCUAAAACAUCACGAGUACAAUCAGUGGAGGAAAUUCGAAUUGCAACUGCAAUUUUCCCGACUCUCAGCCUUCUUAAUCACUCUUGCUGUCCCAAUACCAGUCUGGUGUUCAGCACCGGAACAGCUGCUGAUCCCUGUGAUUCACAGGAGUCCAUAGGUUUCAAUCAACCUCUCCUUGGGGAAGGACGCCAGGGCCCCAGAGUCACUGUGACGGUCAGAGCAGCUAGAGUUAUCACUCCUGGAGAGGAGAUCCUGCACUGCUAUGGGCCCCAGAGCAACAGAAUGGGGAUUCGAGAAAGACAGCGUCUCUUGCAGCGGCAAUACUACUUCCUAUGUGAGUGCGAGGCCUGCAGCGUGCAGGAGGAGGAGCUGAGGGAGAGCAGCAGGAAUGAGUCAGGACUCCUGUGUUCCAAGUGCAAAGGAGCUCUUAAAGAAAACAGAGGAAGUGGAUUUAUAUGUUCUCUUUUAACCUGUGGCCAUCAAAUGUCCUCAGCUGAUGUGAACCACAAGCUGCAGGAGAUCAAGCUUGCCUUGGAGAAGGCUGCGGCGCUCAUGGAGAGAGAAAUUUCAGUGGAAGCCUUGCACCUUCUGAAAAGGACCAGGAAUCAGUCUGGACUCAUACUCGGAGAGAGUCAUCCUCUGCAGGGGGAGCUGGCUGAUGCCACAGCCAGAGCUUAUGCUUCAGUGGGUGACUGGAAAAAUGCUGCAACCUACCUGGAGCAGAGUGCCAUAGCUACCAGCUCCCAGUAUGGAAAAGACAGCCUUGAACUGGGACAGCAGCUCUUCAAAUUAGUUCAGCUCCACUUCAAUGGUGGUGCCAGAGGCCCAGCCCUCUCCAUCAUUCCCAAGGUCAGGCGAAUCCUCUCCCUCCAUUGUGGUCCUCACUGCCCUGAACUGCAGGAACUAAACGCCAUGGAGGAAUGUCUGCAAGGCUCAACCUUUUAGGAUUGAACCCAACUGAGCACAUUUAAAAUUUAAAUAUAGUUAUGUAUUCAGUGAAGCUGAAUAAAUGAGUGUAUGGGCAUUAUGGGUCAGGAAAGAGUUAAUGUCCUGUCUUUAAGCACUUGUAAGCGUGUGUGUCAGAAUGGAUCCAUCAGUAAUUCCAAUUUCAUGCUUCAGUGAAAGUCCUGCACUGUAUGACAACCUUUCAACCAGCUACUUCCAGGUUGUAUGUGCGCCGAAUCAAACAAAAGUAAACACGUGCUUUUCCUAACUGUGGACUUUCUAUCUUGUGUGUGCAUGAUGGGAUGGGGGGGGGUGUCUUGUUUAGAUACCCAGAAAGAAUGAUUUAAACCAUGCAAUUUCUUCUCUAAAGUCAACUUAUUUGUCUCCUUCUGACCCUUAGAUGGCAGUAGUUGCACACUGACUAAAUCAAUUUCAUGCUUGAAUGGCUGGAAAGCAGGAUGCCUGUGCUUUGACUCUUGAACCUGAAUUGCAUGUCCCCCAGGACCCUCACCCUAAAAGUCCCUCAUAACUCAGUCCUGUUAUGGCUUCUUUUUUUUUAAUUGAAAAUCAGCAGUCAGAUAAGAGUAAGCACUAUCAUAAAGAUUCUGUAAUUUCAACUGAGAGUAGACAUUUUUUAUGCUUAAUUGCAAAGUCCAAUGUGGCAAACUCUUGCCAUGGAAGAAGAUGUGGCCUCUGAAGGUCUCUUAACAGCCUAUUUGUUAUUAAAAGUUGUUUUUAAUAA